AUGGCAUACUCCCCACAAGCCACUCCUGGCAAGAAGCGCCGCAUCGACUCUCUUGCCACCAACACUGCCGGUGGCAACGAACCGCCGCAAUGGUCACCAAAUGGCCCCCUCUCCGCCAACACAAACACAGACAUCAACACACCCUACCAACCUCUUACACCCGACCGCACGCCAGCUCGAGCUCCUCGACCGCAACCUGGCCUGUUUAGUAAACAAGCCCGUGCCCAGCGUAACGGAGUUCCAGCUGCACUCCAGCCGCCACCUCCUGAUCUCGAUCCACAAGCCGACUUCACAACCGCCCUCUCCCAAGCCAAACCCCUCCUCACCAACCUCGACUCCCUCUUCCUCCGCCCCCUAAUCGACCUCGCAAAACAAGUCACCACCCUCAAAGCCUCGCGCUUACAAGAACGCUCCGAGUUCCAGCAUCUCCAAGCCGAGCUCCGCGACCUCAAGAACGAGAACGCCGCCUUAUGUCGACACGUCGAUGCCUCUUUCACAGACCACGCCGCCAAGACCCAGAAAGCAGUCAGCGAAGUGAACACAAAGGUAGAAGAGCUGCACAUGCGUGUCGACGAUCUGGAGGGAGGCGAUGAGCCAGUGGCGGGAGGAGCGUAUGGAGGACCGAGAAUGACAGGGCCGAGCCGGCAGCCGAGUGUGUUUGGGGGACUUUUCGGUGAGAAGGGGGAGAGUGGCUGUUAG